AUGGGCAAUCGAAGGACCUAUGAUCGGGAAAUGGGUGUGGUGAUCGAUCUCGAUGUUUGUGAACCAGCUUGCCAGCCAGCCAACCAAGCCCCUGCCAGGUUGGAUGCAUGCUUUGUGCAAGCUUGGCUUGCUCCAAGGUCUGACCAGGUUGGGUGCAGGCUUGGUGCAGGUGCAGUGUCUGGUUUGGUGCUGGCCAGGUGGCUUGCAACAGUUCCAGGGUACCAACCAAACCAGUUGAGAACAGAAGCAGACUGGAGCAACAGAGAAGGGAGGGACUACCAAGACCAAUCCUUCCGUGAGACUCCAGAUGUUUGCCUUUUUCCUGUCUCCCCUCUUCACUUCAGAAAACAGCCACAACCAUCACUUUCCACGUCACGCACCGUCACGUACCGCAUCUUGCCACAGCCAGCAACAGAUUGUCGGCGCCGACUCCGUCUUCUGAAAGUUAGAAUUUGGAUUUCCCAUUGGCACGAAGAACGCCAGACCAAAACAGUCACGCAGAGUUUUAGGCUUAGCGGUUUGCCUGUUUUAGGCGCCAACCGUUCCAAAUGUUCCAAUUGGGAGACAUAUUCUAAUCAGAGCUUGCAUGGGGAGCGAUCCCAGCAGACAACUGGCGAUGGCCGACUUUCCGAAUUGGCAACAUGUCGUAGACAGUGUACAUCGAGAUAG